UCGUCGAUCCACUCUCGCACCGCGUACGUGAUAUCAGCGAUUGUGACCGCGGAGAGCGAGGAGUGCCUCCUCAAGCGCAUCGAGCACUUCAUCGACCACCUCCAGCAGUAUCCUGAAGCCAGGGACUACGCCAUCAAGGAAGGUGCGGUGAGAGCACUUCUGCGAGUGCAGGACAAACUUUCUGAUGAAGCUAUCAGUAAGGAACUAGGCGGCGUAGUUUGCGAGGCGCUGGCGCUGGUGGGGCACGCGGGCGCGUGGCGCGGGCGCGGGCCGAGCGUGCUGGCCAUCGACGGCGGCGGCGUGCGCGGGCUGGCGGCCAUCCACCUGCUGCGGCGGCUCGAGGCGCUCACCGGCCGCCGCGUGCACCAGCUGUUCGACUUGAUCGUCGGCGUCAGCACCGGCGCCAUCAUCGCCGCCGUCAUCGGAAGCGGAGUCGGUAACCUGGACACGGCCAGUGAGAUGUAUCAUACGUUAUCCAAGAAAAUGUUUGGCAACACUUCGGUGAUAGGAGGCACGUCGCGGCUCGUAUGGACGCAGUCAUAUUACGACACGCAGGCGUUCGAGGAGAUGCUGCAGCAGAAUCUCGGCGAUCUGACGCUCACCCAGUGCAACAGGUUCCACACACCGAAGCUGGCGCUGGUGUCGUGCGUGGUGGGCGACGGCGCGGCCCACCCGUUCGUGUUCCGGUCGUACGCGGCGCGGGCGCGCGCGCGGCCCGCGCUGGAGGGCACGGCGCGCGCGCCGCUGUGGCACGCCGUGCGCGCGUCCGCCGCCGCGCCCGCCUACCUCGCCGCCUUCCGCGCCGCCGGCCGCCUGCACCUCGACGGCGGGCUCGUGGCCAACAACCCCGCCGCGCUCGCGCUGCACGAGGCGCGCCAGCUGUACGGGCCGCUCGCGCCGCGCCGCGCCACGCUCGUCUCCGUCGGCACCGGCCGCGCCCCGCGCCCCGCGCCCGCCGCCGCCCCGCCCGCCGCCGCCGCCGGCUGGCGCGACAAGUUCGACGCCGUGCUCUGCUCCGCCACCGACACCGAGGCCGUGCACCGGCUGCUGGCCGACACGCUGCCCGAGGACGCCUACUUCCGCCUCAACCCGCCGCUGCUGCAGCCCUGCGCCAUGGACGAGACCGACCCGGCGCGGCUGGCCGCGCUGCUCCGCGACGCCGACGACUACGCGCGCCGCAACCGACACAAGCUCGACCGCGUCGCCGCGCGCCUGCUGCGCCCGCCCACGCUCCUGCAGCGCGCGCACCACGCGCUCGCCCGCCGCGCGCUCAUGCUAGGACUGACCGCCGACUGACUGACUGACUGACUGACUCGCCGCGCGCCUGCUGCGCCCGCCCACGCUCCUGCAGCGCGCGCACCACGCGCUCGCCCGCCGCGCGCUCAUGCUAGGACUGACCGCCGACUGACUGACUGACUGACUGACUCGCCGCGCGCCUGCUGCGCCCGCCCACGCUCCUGCAGCGCGCGCACCACGCGCUCGCCCGCCGCGCGCUCAA